AUGCCAUCGUCCCGGACGCGUGCCACCGUCGCGACGACCGCGCGCGCGCUCGUGACGCGCGCGAUCGCGAUCGCGUGUCUCGCCCUCGGCGCGCGCGCGAGCGACGACGAUCUCGCGACGACCGCGCGCGUGCUCGCGCGCAAGACGAUCGCGCCCGCGAUGGCGGUCGAGGGGCAAAAUCUCACCGUCACCGUCUCGCUCGUCAACGCUGGGACGGCGGAGGCGCGAAAGGUGCGCGUGCGAGACGAUGGGUUGGAUGCGAGCGCGUUCGAGUUGAUCGGUGAGAAAGACGCGCUGAGCGCGACGUACGCGACGUUAGCGCCGGGCGAACGCGUGGAAUACGCGUACACGGUGGUGCCGAAGACGAGUGGGUCGUUCAAGGCGAGCGCGGCGAGCGUGUCGUACCUGGGAACGAGCGGACGGGAGACGACGCGCGGGACGAGUAACGUUCUCGGCGACGUCCUCGUGUACACGAAGACGCAGCGAAACAUCUUCACCGCGCUCGAGGUGGGGAAGUAUCUCACGCUCGGCGCGUGUAAGACGAUGGAAGACUGGGUGCGGUACGGCACGCUGUUCGGAGGCGUCGCGGGCGCGCUCGCGCUGAACUGGUUCGCGCUCAAGGUGAAAAAGGGCGUCGCCGCGGCGCGCAGACGCAUGGCCGUCGCCUCGCUCGAACGCGCCGAUAAGAAGUCCUCGUAG